GCUUCCCAUCUCGAUGUCAUGAUCCUGAACAUGGAAAACCCGAUUAACCGUCAGAUGAACUAUCCCUUCCAUUUCCGCAAAAGAGUAGAGAAAAUAGAUUGGCGUCGUCUAGGUAAGCGCGCCAUACCUGAUAGUAACGCGAAACCGCGAUCGUCUAUCGCUCUACCAUUGCAGCUUCCGUCGAUGUGCACCGGGUGGCAAAUCAGAUGGACGUCGAAACGUUGCAAGAAGUGCUGGCUCCUGUAGCAUUCUGUGAUAUCACCAGCGAGAUAGACGUCCAGUAUGUUGACACAAACGUUAUCAAACUUUUUCAACUCGCUCAACUGCUCUUGGAGUAUUUAUUGUACUCCCAAGAGUAUCUCACUUCCACGGUAAAUUCUCUCAAGAGCGAGAACGAAUCGCUGAAAAAGCAAAUCGCUGGUAUCCAGCAACAGCUGUCCGAGAAAACUACACGGCUUACUGCUGUGCGCCGUGAAUGUCACAGACGACGUCUUCUACUACUCGCUCAGCAACAACUAAUGGAUUCAGGACCUCAGUCCUAUCAUCGAUGCCUCUACUGUCCGAAAGCAUUUCUCAAUGCUUCCUUCUUGGCUGCCCAUGUAGGUCGUCGGCAUCCAGAAGUUGAACAUGCUAGUGGUGCUACCACAUCAGUUCAAAUCGGACCGUCUUCUACGCGUGCCAAGAGGACAUCUCCCGAUAGACAAAAUAUUGAUCUGACCACACCGCUGGAGAAGGACGUACGAGAGUUACUGUCACAUCUAAAAAGCAACCAUUGCGCACUGCGUCAUUCUGAGCAGCCAACACCAAGGGAAGAAUCCAGGUAUGCAGAUGAUGCCAGAAACUUGGCGGACGACAGGGAUGAGUUACAUGCACCGGCGUCAAAGGAACCCCAAGUUCUAGCUGACUCGCAGAAAUCCGACUGGCAGACAAUUCUGAUGGAAGAACAUCGUGGUUCCGGCUAUCAUCGGUAUAGUUUUUCUCAUUUUAUUACAGCCACAGCCGUUUCCAACCUCGGCGAUUUGGUCGAUGAUACACCAAAACCAUGCGUUCGGGAACACGUGGAAGCUAAGAGUAUACCCGCUGAGGCGCCCGGCAGUGAACUAACUCACGUUCACAUUUCGCCAGCUGCAGAACGUAGACAUCCACACCCAGAUGACCACUGCUUGCCACGUGGUUCGCCUCAUAAACUUACGGCUGGUAGUUAUGGGAGUUUAGAGUUGCUCCUCAGAUCUAACGCCGCUACUCACCACUUCUCUCCCGCCCGUACAAUGUCACUGGAGAGAAAUCAAAAGUCUAGGCCGAUGUCACGAAUCGCCCCAGAGAUGGAUGAUGACGAUGAUGACCGCGCAGAGAGUGACAUAACUGCGCCAACCUAUACUUUAUCGGCUGCUCGGGGCUUGCAAACGCAACAGGUUACCGAUAUGCAUAUGAGCAAUGUUAUAUUUGACAACCGUAAGCGAUUGGCGCCUGCAGAAACAGAUGUAUUAGAUAAACGUCAUCGUCUCACACAUCCGGCUGCUCAGCACAAUGUUGAUUACGCCCUAACAAGAAAAACAAGGAGAGUCAAAAAACGCAUCCGAUCGACAGCGAUUCAGGUGGGUUUGGGACGCUCCUCUUCCAGACAACGACAUUCGACCACUGCGCAAACAGACAGGGUGGAAGACGCAGUAUUUUUGAAGGUGAAACGUCCAUAUUCAAGAUCGGGCUCAUCCACUGCAUCGCAAAAGUCAACAUCACCCAAAUCCAGGCGGUUCGUGCGAAUAGCUGAUGGUCAUUCCAGAGAAAUAGUCAUAGUACGCACUGAUGACGAGGAGAUGAGCACAAACAUGGGCCACGACGACGAUCGAAGCGAUCUGCUGCGUAGCGUGCAUCUAAUGCCGGUGUUUGGUGAGAAAGGAUUGUAUCGUGUUAUCGACAGGCCACUGCGAAGUAUAGACCAAGGGCCCAUCGGUUCAAGAACAACUCAGUUUAAUGCCACCUCUCCUUCUCCUCCGGAUGCCGAAGCUGCUAGCCGAGGAACGGCGGUAUUGCGCAGAGAUUUCGUACAACCUGAUCCAAAAGAGGCGAAUGAACCGGUCUCUUUAACUUCAGUUAGAACCAGCCCACCGACGCAUCAUUCACAACGCAGUGUGAGCUCUCACUCAUACACUCCCGAUACUCUGCGGCCUUCGCACAAACUUAACCAGGCUAUUUUAUUAGAGGAUAGUGAAGAAGAGGAUUCAGAAGAAAAUCAAGUCUCACAGGCAACAGGACCGGCUCCAGCAUCUAGUGCUUCUAGUCGCACACAAAGCCAAAACCUUAGUACAAGUGUUCUACGGUACAGCCGCCUAGUGGAUCAAUUUCAUGCCGACUCUGAAACUCUUAGAGGCCUUCGUCAUGAAGUAGAACAACUGCUGGCUGAACACUUAUCCGAGAGAGGAAUCAACGCAUCCCAACUACGGAUCAGCACCACACAACUAAAUGAUUGCCUAGGGGCACUGGGCAGGGAAAGAGAACAUUUGGCACGGAAACAUGCGAACUUCAAAACAAUCCGAGAGUCCCUAAGUCGACACGUGGACCGCCUGGCUCAUGCAGCACUAAGCGGUAAGCCAGUACAACGUCUCAUUGGCUCUCGUGAAAAUGUAGGGCCUGGGACCAAUUUUAGUACCAACAAUCUUCUGCCGACUGGCCGCAAUCCUAGCGCUGUUCGACGAGACGUUCAGUUCGAUCAAGCCAGGAGACGGGAUGAUGUACAAGUUACUACAAGGUAUUCAACACCCACAUGGAGCGGUCAAGCCCGGACGUAUGGAGCUCGUUCCAGUUCACUAACUCGUUCAGAGCAUCUUAAAAACAGGCCUCACUUCCAACGAUCCAGUCCACAAUUGAAUGUAAAUGAACAGAGUGAAGAUCGGAGUACCUCAUCGGGUCAUCGUGCAUCAUCCAUUGGACACCAACGGACUCAGCAAGCUAGGCAGUCAUUUCCGCUUUCGUCCAAUAACCAGGGUUCCAACGAUUUUUCUCAUGGAACUGGGCGUGACCGUUCUGCCACAAUGAGCCCUACACGGAGGGCGAAUUCGCCAACAUCUCAACUCAGCCCCAACCAGCAAAACGUUAUCAUUAGUAGCCAAGCUGCGUCAAAUCCACACCUUGUAACCCAAAGCAGUGAUGAAUGGGACACCGACUCGGACGAUCUUCGGAUAGCCUCCGCGGCAAGUUCGGCAAAGAAAUCCCCAGCAACCGGUGUCACCAAUCAAGCAGCAGAUGUGGGUCCCAAUGACGAUCUGGAUUUUGACUUAGAUGCUGCGGAAGCAAUGGUGAACAAGUUUGGAGGGGACCAGCGGAACACAAACGCCGCCAGUGCUUCACUGACAGCUCAGGGUUCGGGGGAGUUGAAGAAUGUGUAUGCUGUGAAAACAGAUGAUGAAGAUGUUUGCACUGUGUCCUCUAUAAAUGGAGGUGCACUGGAGGAGAACAGCGCUUCUUUCCCCCACAACGUGAGUCAGUUUCCUACUUCAAACGUUGCCGCUAUACACUCGAGAACAACUACCCUGGGACCCAGACCUGUGACACGAUUCGGAAGGACCACGCAACCAGAAACAGCCAGUACAACAGGGAGUACUACAUUUAACCAGUCGACUGAAAUCAAUGUGUGGAUCAACAACGCGGGUUCAAACGUUACACCCCAACGGACACCGGAUGCGAUCAUCGAUGAUCUUGACUCAGACGAAAGUCUAUGA